CAGUGAGUGAGAAAGUCACAGCCAACAUCUUCCCUGUCAGGACAAUAAAAACAGCUACCUGCUGAAUUUCUCUCUCUCAGACAUCUUUCCUCAUUGAAGAGAUCAACAGAGCUUCAUCAUGGUGGCUGGUUGUAGGCAGCUUCUGGGUUUGUCUUUGGCCAUCAUCGGCUUUCUGGGGACUAUCAUCAUCUGCGCUCUCCCAGUAUGGAAAGUCACGGCUUUCAUUGGCGCCAACAUCGUCACAGCUCAGAUCAUCUGGGAGGGUCUGUGGAUGAACUGUGUGAUCCAGAGUACAGGCCAGAUGCAGUGUAAAGUCUACGAUUCUCUGCUAGAAUUACCUCAAGAUCUGCAGGCUGCCAGAGCGCUCAUCGUCAUCGCCAUCAUCAUCGGAGUCUUCGGGAUUCUGCUUGCUGUGGUCGGGGCCAAGUGCACAAAUUUUGUGUCAGAUGAAAGGCAAAAGAGCAGAAUAUCUAUAGCUGCUGGAGUUGUCUUCAUCAUCGCGGGUCUCGCAGUGCUCAUACCAGUCUGCUGGACCACCAACACCAUCAUUCGUGAUUUCUACAACCCUGUCCUGACCACCGCUCAGAAGCGGGAGCUGGGAGCGUCACUCUACAUCGGCUGGGGUGCAGCAGCGCUGCUGUUACUGGGAGGAGGCCUUCUCUGCAGUUCCUGUCCGUCGAACGACGAGAAGAAUUAUGACGUUAGGUAUUCCAAGGCUCGCUCUGUGGAUUCUCAUAAAGAAUACGUUUAGAUAUCCAGCCUUCUGUCGAAAACAAAAAUGUUUUGUCCUUUUAUUGAGUCCAGAGUAGAGUCCAGAAUAACAACAUCUGAAAAUAAGCAGGAAUGAUUAGACGAUGUCUGUGUAACUGAAGUUUUCCUUUUUGUCUUCAAAACAUGCUGUGGGAACACACACAUGCAGUGUUUUCAGUCUAUUUGUGAAUAUAUCCCUCGUUGCUGUUUUCUACCACACCUUUUUUCUGUAUUUUUUUUAUUAUGUUACUUUAUUAUAUCUGUAUAGCAUACUUACAUAGACUUUCUUUUGAGUACGUGUGAAAUCCAAAACUGCUGUCAAAUGUGCCUGUGUUGCCACUCUUUUACAUCUAGGCCUGCUCUUUCUCUGUUGAGCUAGAUGAUCAUUGAUGGCUAUGUGAUUGAUUUGGAUUCACUGUCUGAAUGUUACUUAUGUCAUAUUUUACUUAAUUGAUAUUUUUGUUUUACAUACGAUUAUAUGCCAUUAAAAUCUGAGAAUUAA